GAAAUUGAUAAAGACAUAUUUUCCUUUCAUCUUUUCUCUUGUGUGUCUUUGCCCUAGAUGGGAAAUGCCUCUGAAACAUUUUUGCUCCUGUCCAGAAUAUCAAAAGACAAUGAUUUUAUCAUGGGAACACUCUACACCAUUUUUGGUGUGCUGUCCAUACUGGGAAAUGGAAUCCUACUAUUUGUCGCCUAUAGAAAGAAGUCCUCCUUGAAGCCAGCAGAGUUUUUUGUUGUCAAUCUGGCCAUCAGUGACCUGAGCAUGACUAUGACUCUGUUCCCUCUGGCAAUUCCUUCAGCCUAUGCUCACAUGUGGCUGUUUAAUUUGACGACGUGCACUGCCUAUGCCUUCUGUGGGGUUUUAUUUGGCCUGUGCAGUCUGACUAACCUCACAGUGCUCUCAUCUGUCUGUUGGCUCAAGGUCUGCUGCCCAAACUACGGUAACAAGUUCUCGUACUGCCAUGCCUGUCUGCUGGUGGCUGGUAUCUGGUGUUACGCCGGGGUGUUUGCAGUAGGCCCGCUGUCUGGCUGGGGAGAGUACGGGGCAGAGCCUUACGGAACAGCGUGCUGCAUCAACUGGCACGCUCCCAGCCAAAGCUCUGCGGCCAUGAGCUACAUCAUCUGCCUCUUCUUUUUCUGCUACAUUAUACCGUGCACUGUCAUCUUUCUGUCCUACACGUUUAUCCUGCUCACUGUGCGAGGCUCUCGCCAAGCCGUGCAGCAGCAUAUGUCCCCACAGAACAAGAUCACUAAUGCACAUGCACUUAUCGUUAAGCUCUCUGUGGCAGUUUGCAUUGGUUUCCUGACAGCAUGGAGUCCGUAUGCAAUUGUUUCCAUGUGGGCAGCGUUUGGUAACCCAGCUAAUGUACCACCCAUGGCUUUUGCUUUGGCAGCUAUCUUUGCCAAGUCCUCCACCCUUUACAACCCCAUUGUUUAUUUGGUCUUCAAGCCCAAUUUCCGAAAGUCGCUGUGUCGCGACGUGGCCCUGUGUAGAAGCACGUUCUGCGGAUGUGCGUGUCAGCAAAACUCAACACAGAAGGGAUCUUGCAGGCAAUCGCAUCACAAUGAAGAGUGCAACUCCACAAGGUUGUCCAACGGGCUGCCCGACAACCACAGGACCUGCAGACACUGUCCUUGCCCCGAAGCAGUCGCUGGUGACAGGGGAAACUUCACAGAUUACAGUCCACAGCAGACUGCCAGGAUAUUGACGGGAUCUCUGCAUAGCGAGAUAGCGGUCAGUCAGCUCUCCAACGAACUACAGAGCGACUUCCUGUAGAGAUGGGAAUUGGGAAAACAAGAGGAGGGGACAUUGAAAACAAACGAUUAAAGAGACUAAUAGCAAGUUAAGUGAAAGAUCAGCAUCAAGUACAUGAUGAAAAUAAGAAAAAUAUAUAUUUAAUAUGGAAUCUAAGACUUAUCUCAUGCCUCAUAAAUCAGACACUGCCAAAAGAAAAAGAUAAAGAAAGUAUUUGAAAAACAAAAAAGGAAACUGACCACGUAGUAAAAACCUAGUACAGGAGGAUAAGCAAGCCAAACAGCCCCCAGAUGUGUAAAUUGAUAUUUCAUGAGGUCACAUUGACAAACAACAUUGGGGGUCUGGUCACUCUGAACUAUCAUCGUCAAACAGACAAGCCUGUGAAGUUACAAUUCAAAUCAGUUUACGCUGGAUCCAGAGGGAGGAACAGAUACUAAGACUUUACACUCCCUGAACUUGAUUUUAAGUGUUUUUAUUUGAGUGUUUUUCACAAAUACUGUACUUUAUGAUGUCUUUGUAUUUAUUUAUGCAUGCCUCAAAUUGAAGGACCACAGGGUUGCUGUUGUCAUUAACAGGAAAUUACUACUGUGUCCUUUUUGCUAAGAAUGAACAAAGCCUUCAAAGCUCCAGUUAAUCUACCUACAGUGUGCUGAACUCAAUAUUCAUCUUUAUAAACUACGUUUGUUGGGGAGAUGAAGAACAAAGCAAAGAGAAAAGGAUCUGACUUAGUAAGCCCUCUGUUACCUUUAAAAAUAGGCAGAUUGCCCAGAGGUUGGUAUUGAUCGUAUGUUUUGAAACUAUGCCAAUUUUGUCAAUGUCUGUUUUGUCUAAUCACCUCUGGGAACAUGCAGAAUGAGCGCAGAACUUCUUAUACGGCAUCACUCGAUAAGCACUAAUCACUCCUAGUUUAUGUGGAUACUGUUUCAGUGGGUUUAAGAGGUAAAUUUGACAUUUUUAGAUUUUAAAUAAGCAACAAUUUCAUUUGAUGCCUAAUACUGACUUUUUUUCAUUACAAUCUUUUAAAGUUCUUAUUUCCUUACAUAUAAUAAACCUUUUCAGAGUGAAACAGAAAUAACUGUCUCAAACGGCGAUAAAAAGUAAAGACUGGGUUCACAUAUUUCCCUCAUCCUUUUCCCAGGUCGUGUCUUGCCCGGAAUCUGUCUCAUUCUAAAUAUGUUGCUGCAGUAUAUGAUGGUUUUUCUUUUGUAAUGUUGUCUUCACAUUGGCAAAUGCAGCAACAUCUUUAAACAAAUAAGUGAACAGAAUAAAUUAAUAGCAUAUCCAGAAAAGACUAGUUAGACGAUCCAGGAAAAGUUAACAAGCCAGUUUGUCAAGGUUGGGGAAAUCAAUUUAACUUUCUCUGAAUCAGGCUCUUACAAGUUAAUGUCAAGCCCUUGCCUGUCACUGGGCUAAUGAAAGUGAUUGUGCCUCUAACUUCCAACAAUUACUAUGCUUAGUGUUAAUUUUCUGUCACUUAUUAGGUCGAAUUCUACAAAAGCAUGACUUCAAAUUCCAAACCAACCAGAUAGAUCUUUUCAUCAGAGCUGCUUUGAUCAAAUAAGUCUGUGUGUGAGUGUGUGUGUGUGUUUGAAAAGAGUGUUUAAUCACAUGUUGUAUUUUCACUGUGAUUUUCUAAUGUGCCUCUGUGAGAAUGGGCUUUAACAGGCAGGAGUAUAAAUGUGCUGUUGCUGAGAGAAGCUAUAUCUGUGUCACCAAACUCUUUUGGUCGUGAUAACCACACAAAUAAAAAAAAAGCAAAGAACAGAUAAGUGAGAACAUUUAAAAUGUUUGUGUUUCUAUGUCAUUAUUACAAAAAUGGGGAGUGGGGGGGAAAUAAGUCUAUGCAUGACUAUAGACCACUUGCCUUCUCUUAUCUGCGGUUCAAUAAAAGAGUUUGCAACAUGAGAAACAGAAGGCUUCGCCUCAGCACCCGCCAACAUUAUUCCAAUAAAAUGCCCACAGAGCACAGCUGAGCUUCACUGCAGUGUUUGUCCAAUAAGCAGUUUUGUACUUUUUCACUGGCAGCAGAGGCUGUCAAACAGAGGUGCAAAAAAGACAAGCCAUGUUGAAAACAAUUUAGAUCUGCUUGAGUGGAUGUUGUGGCUCACUGGCAUGAAUUUCAUGAUUUCCUAAUUUAGAAAGCAGCUCUGCUCAGAUUCCACAAACUACCUGACUACAAAAGCGGCUCCCAUUUUGUGUUCCCACUUUCAGAUUGCAUGACAAAAAUUUGCCUGGGGUCAUACGGAACAACCAGGUCACUGCUUGUGGUGUGUUCUGCUGCUUGCUAUGCUCCUCAAAUUACUGCACUCGUCUUGAAAGUGACUUCUAUAAGAACAUCAAACAAAAUUACAAUCACCAGCUAAACUAAUACUGCACUUGGGCAUUUCACACAACACUUCGCCCUAGGGUUAGAUGCUUGUUAGCACAGGGCUUGCAUCUCUGUCAGUGGUGGACUUAAGCCUUGCUCAGGCAGACAUAAGCUCUCCAGAACAACAAAUGCCCCUUGUCUAUUUAAGUAAGGCUUCGACACUCAAGUAAUAUGAAAAAAAAAGUAAUAAUAGUGUGAGCUAGUAUCUGGCUUAGUUUUUCCAUUAUGUAUUCAACCAAAUACAGAGGUGGUCAAUGAAAUACUGUAUGUCUAGUUGCACAUUACUGGUGAACUGUAAGGUUUAUUUCUACCUCUUCAUAUUCAAGAUGGAGGAUAAAGACUAUUUCUACCAUGAUUUUCUAGUUAAAGUCUGUCUUACAGCAUUAUAUAUAACUAGUUCUUUUUCUUAGUAAACCACACAUUAAUCAUCCCAGAACAUCCACUUCUUAAAUGUGGGGUGUCCCAAAGCUAAAUUUUCACUUCCCUAAAUCCCUCGGAAUGGAGGUGUUAUAGCUAUUCAUACAUUUGUAAUAUAUUUUCAUGAAAGAAAAAAAAAACAGAGAAAGUAAUUUACUGUGGAAAAAGAUUAAAACAAUGGAGCAAGUAUAGUCCAAUCAAAUCAAACAGGUUUUAGACUUUGAGCAUUCUCAUAACCUCAGCUCAGACUUGUGAAGUUCAAGUGAAUCCUUUAACACUCGAGCAGUGAGAUGAAAUGAAGGAAGCCUCGGGCUGUCUGUACCGUGAGUUUAUUUCAGUUGACACGUGUAACUGCAUGUGAAAGCCUUAUGGUGUAAAAAGAAGCACCAUUUGAAAAGACAAACAGGCCUUUCCACAGACACAUGCAGGUUUUAUCAGGAUGUUGAAGACAGCACUGUGUUCUUUAACUUCUCAUCCACAGUAUGCAUUCAACAAAAACAAACACAUGGGUGAACAGGGUAGCAGUUUAUUACUGUGUCUUGCUCUGUAACCUCCAGAAUUAAAAGAAAGUCGAAAGUAACCUAUCUGCUGUGUAAAGCAUGUAAUGGUUCUUAUUUUCUAUGGAAACAAAAAUGAUUGUACUUAGCCCUGUGAUGUCGUCCGACCAGGCUAACAGCGGCUUUAUGUUGACUGAAAGUCAGAAAAAAGGAAUUUAGAAUGAAAACUGAGGGGACUGAGGAUUUUUCUGCUUGUCAUGCUGCAACCAAAGGUUACAGUCACCUUAACACUCACUGUCAAAGCCAAAAUGUGUUUUUGACGCUCAUAUUUUUCUACUAGUAUGCAGGUCACCAUGAAAAGAAUAUACAUAUCAAAGACUUGGCUUCAGGACCUGUGCUGGAAAUGCUUUGUUUUGACCAGCAAUGUUAGAAAAGAUGGAAGAGCAAACAAGGAACCAUAACUGUGAAAAUCUGCUUUUGAUGUCUCUUUUUUCUACUGCGAUCUACUCAAAGAACAAAUCCUGCAAGUACCUAGGUGGAUACUCUGAAUCACUAGCCGUUUCACCCUUGGUCACCUACAUUGACUUUCAUCAUUCAAAAAAUAUCUUGUAAAUACUAUAAAUGCAUGCAUGUUUGUAAAUAUUAUUUGCUUGUACAGAUGCCAAAUGUAAUUCAUAUAAAUCUAUUAUAAACGUAAGUCCAAAUGUCUAAAAAAGAAUAAAGACAUCCCUUCUUUCGAAAUGGGGAUGAUAAGUUUAUUUUUCAUGCUGUUUCAGCUUUAUGGCAGGUUUCAUUACAGGUGUUUUAAAAAAUGUUUCCAUAAAGAUGUUGAAGUGCAAAAUAGCUGUCAGAUCUUUGGUCCCUUAGUGCAGCUGGAGUCCAUUUUCCUUGAGCUGUACUUUUGUAUGCAUUGCUGUUAAAACAGAAGCUAAAAAAAGAAAGAAAAAGAAAAGCUGGCUCACAUUUGAUCAGAUUAUUUUUUGUCUAUGUUUUUUGUUUUGACGAAGGAACAUCGAAUUAACCUAAAUAUGCCCAAAAGCAAUAGAUGACUCAUAAAAAUAUCUAUGCACAAUAGAAAUGGACAUACAU